GUCAUCCGCCCCAAUAAUACAUUGAUCGUACGAAUCUCACGGUAAAACCCACUGCACCGCGGCAAAUCAUCCCUUAAUCUACCACCCGCAGUGUGAGUGGAUCCCCACCUCAAACAAGCUUAAGUAUUAGACUAGACUAGCCACCGUGAGACGAAACACCAGAACACUUCUAGACCGGGAGAUGGGCUCCACCCCCUGUUUGAGAUGAAGUGAUGGACGUAUAUUGUGGGUGUUAUAUAGGUGGAUGGGGGUGGGUAUAUAAGGACGACAUCGUCACCACAGUACUUACCGACAAACCAGCCCAGAAACUUCAAUAUCCAAGAAACAAAGAGAAAGAAAGAAGAAAGCAUAAGAAUCACCAUGCAGACUAAAUCCCUCCUCACCAUCCUCCUCAGCGCCGCUCUGGCUGCUGCUACCGUUGACCCGGCUACCUCGAACACUAAGGGCAAGUGUCCUGGUACUUAUAACUGCUCUGCUGCCAAAACCUCCACCGCCAUCCAGGCAGCUGAGUGCUCCCACAACACUCGUACUUCCGGAACCCAAACCUUCGCCGUCUUCGUCACCGACCACGAGUAUGAUUCCUCCUACGGCGCUCCCUACGGUACCUGCAGCGCGUACACUUGCACCGCGCCGACGGAUAGCGAGAUGACGGAUGAUGAUGAUGAUUGCUGGACUUUCUUUUGGAACGACAACGGCGAGUCCUCCGGCGUUGGCACCGGAUGUAUUCGCAGCCCUGACGACGGUACUUGUGGAUGUGAGGACUCUGAUGGAACUUUUGUCUAUGGCGGAACGGAUUGCUCUUAGGUUUCCCUUCCUGGGAGUAUUUGAUCGAGUGUUGAGUAGAAG